GUUUGAUCGAUCGUGAAAUCCAAACAAAUAUACGAAAGAACCGACUGCGCGCCGCAGACUUCCUACGCUUUACACGCGUCACUAAAUAGGUCAUAGACUAGGAAGAGCACAACAACCGUCACCAUGGUACAUUUCACCGUUGACCAGAUCCGUGAGAUCAUGGGUCGUUCUAAGAACAUCCGAAACAUGUCUGUGAUUGCCCACGUCGAUCACGGAAAGUCCACACUGACUGAUUCCCUUGUGUCAAAGGCCGGUAUUAUUGCCGGAGCCAAGGCUGGUGAGACUCGUUUCACAGAUACACGUGCUGAUGAGCAGGAGCGUGCUAUCACCAUCAAGUCCACAGCCAUCUCCCUGUACUACGAGCUUAGUGACAGAGAUAUGACCUUCGUUAAGCAGGAGACUCACCCAGGAUGCAACGCUUUCUUAAUUAACUUGAUCGAUUCACCCGGUCACGUUGAUUUCUCAUCUGAGGUAACCGCGGCCCUUCGUGUCACUGACGGUGCCCUAGUUGUAGUUGACUGUGUGUCUGGUGUGUGUGUACAGACCGAGACUGUCCUUCGUCAGGCCAUCACAGAGCGUAUCAAGCCCAUUCUUAUGAUGAACAAGAUGGACCGCGCGCUCCUUGAGCUUCAGUUGGAGCCCGAAGAUAUGUACCAGACUUUCCAGCGUAUCAUCGAGAACGUGAACGUUAUCGUCGCCACAUACGGAGAUGAGGAUGGACCUAUGGGACGUAUUAUGGUUGACCCCAUUGUUGGUACUGUUGGUUUCGGUUCAGGUCUACACGGCUGGGCUUUCACACUGAAGCAGUUCGCCACCACAUACGCUGCCAAGUUCAAAAUGGAGGAGAGCAAGCUCAUGUCUCGAUUCUGGGGAGACAAUUUCUUCAACCCCAGCACAAAGAAGUGGAAGAAGUCCCCUGGAGAUGGAUACAAGCGUGGUUUCGUACAGUUCGUACUUGACCCCAUCUACAAGGUCUGUGAUGCCGUCCUCAAGAACAAGAAGGAUGUCACCGAGAAGCUUAUGAACGCACUUGGCGUCAAGCUGACCAACGAGGAGAAGGAGCUAGAGGGUAAGCCUCUGCUAAAGACUGUUUUCCGUAAGUGGUUGCCCGCCGGAGACGCUCUUUUGGAGAUGAUCACCAUUCAUCUGCCAUCCCCUUACACCGCCCAGGCCUACCGUACCGAGAUGUUGUACGAAGGACCUAUGGAUGAUCCUAUCGCCAUGGGAAUGAAGGCUUGUGAUCAGAACGCACCUCUGAUGUUGUACGUAUCUAAAAUGGUACCCACAGCUGAUCGUGGACGUUUCUACGCCUUCGGUCGUGUGUUCUCAGGAACCGUUGCCACCGGACAGAAGGUCCGUAUCCAGGGACAGAACUUUAUCCCCGGCAAGAAGGAGGAUCUAUACCUCAAGCCCAUUCAGCGUACCGUGCUUAUGAUGGGUCGUUUCACCGAGGCUAUCGAGGAUGUUCCCGCUGGUAAUAUUGUCGGUCUUGUUGGUGUGGAUCAGUUCAUCAUGAAGACUGGUUCCAUCACCACCUAUGAGCACGCCCACAACUUGAAGGUCAUGAAGUACUCUGUGUCUCCUGUUGUGCGUGUUGCCGUCGAGUGCAAGAACCCCCAGGAUCUACCCAAGCUUGUAGAAGGACUAAAGCGUCUUUCCAAGUCCGAUCCGCUAGUACAGAUCACCAUGGAGGAGUCUGGAGAGCACAUUAUCGCUGGUGCCGGUGAGUUGCAUCUUGAAAUUUGUCUUAAGGAUUUGGAGGAGGACCACGCCGGUAUCCCCAUCAAGAAGUCCGACCCUGUUGUGUCGUACCGUGAGACCGUCACUGAGGAGUCCAACCAGCUUUGUCUAUCGAAGUCUCCCAACAAGCACAACCGUCUGUACGUAAAGGCUGCCCCUCUUCCCGAUGGUUUGGCCGAUGCUAUUGAGGACGGUAAGAUCAAGCACAACCAGGAUAUGAAGGAGCGUGGUAAGGUACUUGUUGACGAGUGGGAGUUCAACGCCGACGAUUCUCGUAAGAUUUGGGCUUUCGGACCCGAGACUGCUGGACCCAAUUUGUUGAUCGAUACCUCCAAGGGAGUUCAAUAUAUGAACGAGAUCAAGGACUCGUGUGUCGCUGGUUUCCAGUGGGCUUCCAAGGAAGGUGUACUUUGUGACGAGUACAUGCGUGGAAUCCGUUUCAACAUGAUUGAUGUUACCCUGCACGCCGAUUCCAUCCAUCGUGGAGCCGGACAAAUCAUGCCUACCAUGCGUCGUGUCAUCUACGCCUGCGUGUUGUCUGCCGAGCCCCGUCUAUUGGAGCCUUACUAUCUUGCUGAGAUUUCCGCCCCCGAGGUGGCUAUUGGAGGUAUCUACUCAUGUCUUAACAGACGUCGUGGUAUCGUUAUUGGAGAGGAGCAGGUUGCUGGAACCCCUAUGUACAUGAUCAAGGCUCAUCUUCCCGUCAACGAGUCGUUCGGCUUCACCGCCGAUCUUCGAUCACAGACCGGUGGACAGGCGUUCCCUCAAUGUGUGUUCGAUCACUGGGGUGCUAUGGCUGCUGAUCCUCUUGAGGAAGGUUCGCAGGCCAACAAGAUUGUUUGCGAUACCCGGGUCCGCAAGGGUCUUAAGCCCGAUAUCCCACCUUUCGACUAUUUCUAUGAUAAGCUUUAAAUGCUUAGUUUGUAUAAACUACUGUGGAAGAGAAUCUUGAUGAUUCUACAAAGUUAGCUGCGUUAUGCUUAAAAAAUGUAGAAAGUGGCAUCCGCUGCCAUCGUAUUAACCAAUGUAUCGGAACGAUCGACAUUAGUGUUGUUACGUAUAUGUGGAUAUAAUAAAGUCAUAAUAUAGAAGAA